CAAUUCUCUACGAACAUUCGUUCUCGCUCCGAAAACGCCAAAUACGCUUUCAAACCAAAAUGGAGGAUUUGUCGGUCGAGGUGUACGGUGAUAAUGGUGCUUAUUAUAAGGCCAUUGUCACCGACGUGCUCGACAACGAGGUUCUCGUAGCCUUUGAAAAUGACUGGCAGCCUGAGUCAAAAUUCCCGUUCUCCCAAGUGUUCUUACCACCGAAAGACACCGGCAAACACACAGAGUUCGUGGAAAACCAAGAGGUGGAGGUUUAUGCAAGGUCCAAUGAGAAAGAAGCAUGUGGGUGGUGGACAGCAAACAUUAAGAUGAUGAGGGGCGAAUUCCUGGUAAUAGAAUACUUGGAGUGGGACAACUGCUACACAGAAAUAGUGCCAAAGGAUCGCCUCAGGGUCAAGACUCCUAAGACACCCAUUGACAAGAACACCUUUCAUAAGUUCGAAAUUAACGUACCUGAUGAUCUCAAGGACUAUGCAAAGGUGGAGAAUGCUCACAAGGAGUUCCAGAAGGCGAUAGGCGCGGCGCUCGUGUGGUACGUGCCCGAGCGCGGCGUGCUGGCCGUCGUGUCGCGCUGCGAGACCUCGCAGAAGCGCGCGCAGAUGCUGCAGGACAUGCACUUUAGGAAUCUAACGCAAAAGUUGUUAUUGAUGAAAAAGACUGAAGAGGCAGCAAGACAAUUAGAAUCCACAAAAAUACACAAUCAGGGCGGCUACACGGACGAGUUCUCGGUGCGCGAGGACCUGAUGGGGCUGGCCAUCGGCACGCACGGCGCCAACAUCCAGCAGGCGCGCAAGGUGCCCGGCGUCACCAACAUCGAGCUCGAGGAGGUCUCCUGCACCUUCAAGAUCUGCGGAGAGUCAAUGGAUGCAGUCCGGCAGGCCCGGUCACUGCUGGAGUACGCCGAGGAGUCGCUGAAGGUGCCGCGCGAGCUCGUCGGCAAGGUCAUCGGCAAGAACGGCAAGAUCAUACAGGAGAUCGUCGACAAGAGCGGAGUAGUGCGCGCCAAGGUGGAGGGCGACAACGAGCCGCAGCCGUCCGCGCCGCGCGAGGAGGGGCUCGUGUCCUUCGUGUUCGUGGGCACGCGCGAGAACAUCGCCAACGCCAAGGUGCUCGUCGAGUACCACGUCGCGCAUCUCAAGGAGGUGGAGCAGUUGCGCGCGGAGAAGUUGGAGAUCGACCAGCAGCUGCGCGUGGUGAUGGGCGGCGCCACCACCGCCUACCCCGCCGCCAGGGGCGCGCCCGCCGCGCGCGCGCGCCGCCCGCGCCCGCCGCACCACCGCUACCCCGCAGCAGGCGCGCGGCGCGUGACGCCGGACCUGCCCGACGAGCGCAGCGACAGCGCCGCCUACCGCGCGCGCCAGCCGCGCCUGCCCCGGACCAACAGGUCUAGCGAGCGCGGCGAGCAGCGCGGCGGCGAGCGCGGGGAGCGGCCCGAGCGCGGGGAGCGCGGCGAGCGGCCCGAGCGCGGCGAGCGCGGCGCCGAGCGCGGCGAGCGGCCCGAGCGCGCCGAGCGCCGCGUGCCCGUGGAGAACGGCCGCGCGCAUCUGGCCGCGCCCAGACAGAGUGGCAGACGACGCGAGGACAGACGAAGGCAAACUGACGACGAAAGCUCUGUGCUAGACAGCCAGGACGUGUCGAGUGCGGACAGAGACUCCGCCACGUCCGACGAGCGCGCCGCGCCGCCGCCCGCGCCUCGGCGACGCCGCCGUCGGAGGACAGGAGGCGGGUGGAAGAACGGGCUGGGCGCGGGCGCGGCGGGCGCGGGCGCGGGCGCGGCGGGCGCGGGCGAGGGCGCGCGGCCCGCCAAGCGCCGCUCGCCGCUGGCCAAGGCCAAGGCCGAGCCGCUGCUGAACGGCACCGCGUAGGCGCCCGGACCGGCCCUCCGCCGCGGCCGACGCCGCGCCGCACAUUAUAUCCUAACGUAACGUAACAUGUAUGGCCCCGGCCCCCGCCGCCGCCGGGGGCCCGCCGACACUAGACUUACUCGUAUUAUGCUUUUGUAAGAGAUUCGUGAUUUGUAUUCCUGAUUACUCGAUAAUAUGAAAAUUAAAGAUGUGUACGUCGCUCCCCGGACGAUACGCGCCGAUCGCGGCCUUUCGGUACCUUUAUGGGAGAUCGGACAUAGCGCAGUACAUACGUGUUCGUAGCCUGUACUCUGUGGUUAUGUGAUUUCCUAUAAAAUAAACAUUUCUGUACAUAUUUUCAAUCGUAUUUUUAUUUGUACGAAUAGAUCGUUUCGCCGUCUCCUCCCUGUCUAAAUUACAGAGUAGGCGACCUUACAAAGUUUACAUUUUUCACAUUACAAUGUUGAAAUACAAUUAAUGCUUUAUAAAAAUAGUAUGACUAGUUGGAAUGUUACAAUUUAAUAAUACUUAAUUAGUAAUACUAAAAACAGGAAAAGUACCUUGAUAAGGAAGGGGGCGGGUUACAUACAAACAUUUUGGUGUGACACUAAGAAUUUUAAAUUCUAAAUGUGAUUCUGAUGACACAGACCUAUAUUUAACAAAUAUUUACAAUUCUAGACUAAUAUAUCAGUCAUAUAACAGUACCGUGAUAUGCAUUAUUGCCGGGAUAUCACUAGGAAGUAUUUACAAA